UUAUCUUAUUUCUAUACUUCCCCACUAGUAGUAAUAACGAUUACAUCCAAACUAAUGUAAUCAAAGCUGUUGGGUAUUCUGUUCAUAGAUUAUAUGAAAUCCAACGGCUGAAUCAUGGCCACACUCAUCUGCAGUUCACUAAGAAGAUGGAGAAAUCAUGGUCUUGGACCGCACAGAGGCUUUCCUCAGUCACAAUCAGCUCGACCAGCUCUCGCCUUCGUUUCGCCCCCUCUUCUUUUGUGUCUACAAGCUUUGUAAUGGAGGUUAUAAAGGUGGUUCUAUUGCUGUUCAUCGUAAUCUGGGUGGUCUCUGCCUCUGAUAGUCAUUUGUCUCCAAAAGGAGUUAACUAUGAAGUGGCGGCUUUGAUGUCAGUGAAGAGUAGGAUAAGGGACGAGCGGAGAGUGAUGGAGGGUUGGGACAUAAAUUCGGUUGAUCCAUGUACUUGGAAUAUGGUUGCUUGCUCUACUGAGGGCUUUGUGAUUUCUCUUGAAAUGCCCAAUAUGGGCUUAUCUGGAACGCUUUCCCCCAGCAUUGGGAAUUUGAGUCACCUUCGGACAAUGUUGUUGCAAAAUAACGAGUUAUCUGGUCCAAUCCCAGAUGAUAUAGGAGGACUGUCAGAACUUCAGACUCUUGACCUCUCUGGUAACCAGCUUGUUGGAGGCAUACCAAGUUCUUUGGGGUUUCUUACUCAUCUAAAUUACUUGAAGCUUAGUAAUAACAAAUUUAGUGGACCGAUACCAGAAUCAGUUGCAAAUAUCUCGGGCCUUUCCUUCUUGGAUUUAUCGAAUAAUAAUCUCAGUGGUCCAACUCCAAGAAUACUUGCCAAAGAGUACAGUGUUGCAGGGAAUAGUUUCCUUUGUGCAUCUUCAUCACCUAAAGUUUGUGGUGUAGUUUCAAAACCAGUUAAUGAAACUGAUUCGCCUCAGAAAGAUAAUAGCCAUCGUCACUUGGUGCUUUCUAUAGCUCUAAUAGUCAGUUUCACAUUUGUGGUUUCUGUUGUGUUACUUGUUGGCUGGGUGCAUUGCUAUAGAUCUCAUCUUGUCUUCACAUCGUAUGUGCAGCAAGACUAUGAAUUUGAUAUUGGUCAUCUUAAAAGGUUUACAUUCCGUGAACUACAAAAGGCAACAUGUAAUUUUAGUCCAAAAAACAUUCUGGGACAGGGUGGUUUCGGAGUAGUUUAUAAAGGUUAUCUUCCAAAUGGGACAUAUGUUGCGGUUAAAAGACUGAAAGAUCCAAAUUAUACUGGAGAAGUGCAGUUUCAAACUGAAGUUGAGAUGAUUGGCUUAGCAGUACACCGAAACCUCUUGCGUUUGUAUGGCUUUUGUAUGAUGCCAGAUGAGAGGCUUCUUGUAUAUCCAUAUAUGCCAAAUGGGAGUGUUGCUGACCGCCUGAGAGAUGCAGGCCAAGAGAAGCCUUCAUUGAAUUGGAAUCGAAGGUUGCGUAUUGCCCUUGGGGCAGCACGUGGACUUCUAUACUUGCACGAACAGUGUAACCCGAAAAUAAUUCACCGAGAUGUGAAAGCUGCAAAUAUUCUUCUGGAUGAAAGCUUUGAAGCUGUGGUUGGGGAUUUCGGUCUCGCAAAGAUGUUAGAUAGGAGGGAUUCACAUGUUACUACUGCAGUUAGGGGCACGGUUGGACAUAUUGCCCCGGAAUAUCUUUCAACUGGACAAUCUUCAGAAAAGACUGAUGUUUUUGGAUUUGGCAUAUUGGUUCUGGAGCUCUUAACAGGGCAAAAAGCAUUAGAUGCUGGCAAUGGUCAGGUCCGAAAGGGAAUGAUCCUUGAAUGGGUUAGAACUUUACAUGAGGAGAAGAGGUUAGAUGUGCUGGUGGACAGGGAUCUAAAAGGAUGUUUUGAUGCAAUGGAGCUGGAAAAAGCCGUGGAGUUGGCUCUGCAAUGUACUCAGUCACAUCCACAGCUCCGACCGAAGAUGUCCGAGAUCUUGAAAGUUCUAGAAGGUCUUGUUGGACAGUCGAGCCAAAUGGAGGAAUCACCAGGUGGAGCAAGUCUUUAUGAGGAUAGAGCUCACAGUUUCUCCAGAAAUUACAGUGAUAUUCAUGAGGAAUCUUCAUUUGUGGUUGAAGCCAUGGAGCUUUCGGGACCUCGAUGACAACAAAAAACAUCUAAAAACAUAACAGAUAAUCAGCUUUGCAUCUCAAAGAGAUGGAAUAGCAUUUACCUCUUCAACCUGUUCCACAAAACUCAGGAGUCUAACAACCUCUCGCUUGUAAUGUAUUUUGCUUUGUAGGAUUCAUGGAAAAGGAAACGUUGUGUCACAUGAAAAGUUUCACAAAAUCAAUGGAUUUAACUUUAAAUGAGGUUUCAGAAAUGAUGAAAUGAAACGAAAAAGAUGUACUGUUCAACCCCAA